AAGACAAAAACAAUCAGCAGGCAGGCAUCUCUGUCCGUAGCCCAACAAGAGAGGUUAAAUCCGGGGAGCUCGUCACGGCUCGGCUCCUUCUCGAAAUGGUUUCCCCGGUCACCGUGGUGAAGAGCGAAGGCCCCAAGCUGGUGCCCUUCUUCAAGGCCACCUGCGUCUACUUUGUCCUGUGGCUGCCGACGUCCAGUCCGUCCUGGUUCAGCGCGCUGAUCAAAUGCCUGCCCAUCUUCUGCCUGUGGGUCUUCCUGCUGGCGCACGGCUUGGGCUUUUUGCUUGCUCGCUCCGGCGCCCGCAAGAUCCUGGCCGGGCUCAUCUUUUCCGCGCUGGGUGACGCCUUCCUCAUCUGGCAGGAGCAAGGCUACUUCGUCCACGGUCUCCUGAUGUUCGCCAUCACCCACAUCCUGUACUCAUCGGCCUUCGGGAUGAAGCCCACCAACGCGCGGGCGGGGCUGGCCAUCGGCGCCGCCUCGGGCGCCUGCUACCUGCUGCUCUACCCGUACCUGCGGGGCCCCUUCACCUACCUGGUGGCCGUCUACGUGGCCCUGAUCGGCUUCAUGGGCUGGCGGGCGGUGGCGGGCCUGCGGCUGGCCCGCGACCUGUGGACAUGGACCGAGCUGUCGGCCUGCCUGGGCGCCGUCCUCUUCAUGGCGUCCGACCUGACCAUCGCCGUCAACAAGUUCUGUUUCCCCGUGCCGCACUCGCGGGCCAUCAUCAUGGCCACCUACUACGCCGCCCAGAUGCUGAUCGCCCUCUCGGCCGUGGAGUGCCAGGACGCCGAAGCGGCGCGCAAGAGGGUAUGAUUCGGCGCUCUCGAAAGACCGCCGCCAAAAUCAUUCCCGUUUCCAUUUCAAAUACGGAAGUAAAUCGGACUUUGAAUUUCUCACGCCAGCUUUCUUUUCACAAUCGAAAUGAAGCCUUAAAAGAAAAAAAAAAAAAUCAGUUGUGCAAAUUCGGUUGCAAAAGUUCAGUCUAAAUUUCUCCAGGUGGAUUUUUGCAUCAAAUUCUGCUGCAAAAAAAUUGAUAAAAUAUGGCUGAAUUUUGAUGCUGUUAAAAUCCAAAAAUCCAGUCACAAAAAAAUGAGUCCUCCAAAAAAAAAUACCGCUAUAAAAAAUGUGGACUGACGUUUUUGCAGCAGAUUUUUUUUCUUUUUAUCUUCUUAAUUUUUUUGUGGCAGAUUUUUUUUUUUUGUGUGGACCGAAUUUUUUUUUGAUGCUGGGGAAAAAAAACCAAACAUAAAAACAAAUUUAGUCGCGAAAAAAUUAGUUGAAAGAAAUACAGCUGCAAAAAUUUGGACUGACGUUUUUGCAUCAGAUUUUUUUUUUGUCUGAUUUUUUUGUGGCAGAAUUUUUUUUUGAUUGAAUUUUUUGCCGCACAAUUUUGAUGGUGUUAAAAACUGCUGAGUCCUAAAAAUUCAGCCGCAAAAAAUGAGUUGAAAAAAUACAGCUACAAAAAUUUGGAUUGAUGUUUUUGCAUCAGAAUUUUUUUGGGACUGAAUUUUUUGCUGCAGGAUUUUGAUGCUAGAAAAAAAACAGUCAAAAAAAAUUUCGGUAGCACAAAAUGAGUUGCAAAAAUACAGGCCAAAAAAAAUUGAAAUGAUGUUUUUGCAUCAGAUUUUUUUUUUUGUCUGAAUUUUUUGACACAGAAUUUUGUUGCUGUUAUGAAAUUGCAGAGUCCUGAAAAUCCAGUCACAAAAAAUGAGUUGAAGAAAUACAGCUACAAAAGAUUGGUCUGACAUUUUUGCAGCAGAAUAUUUUUUUGACUGACUUUUUUGUGGCAGUUUUUUUUUUGACUGAUUUUUUUGCCGCAGAAUUUGAUGCUGGAAAAAAAACUGUAAUAAAAAAAAUUGGUCGCACAAAAUGAUUUGCAAAAAUACAGCCAAAAAUAUGAGCCGGCGUUUUUGCAGCUGAUUUAUUUAUUUAUUUUUAUUUUUUGGACUGAAUUUUUUGCGGUACAAUUUUGAGGUCGGGGGUGAGGGGAGACAGUAAAAAAAAUCAAACACAAAUAAUAUAGCCAUAAAAAUUUGGACUGGAAGUUUGAAAAUGAAAAUUUUUAGGCAUUUUUUUUUUAAGUUUCAAAUUUCAUUCCCAAAAAAUAGCUGUAUUUUAAGGCUGAACUUCUGACAACUGACUUUUCACGACUCCUAUUUUUUUGUUCCGCUAAUUUUGAUGCUGAAGAAAUGUAUUGGAAAUUCAAACUCUGUUAGUGCAGAUUGACAAUUCCAAUUGACUUUGAAAUUCUAACAGCAAAUUUUUCUUUCAGCCACCAAGAAAAAAAUCUAGAAAUCUUAUCAUGUAUGUGGGAGCUUUGCUUUGCAAUUAGCAUACAAAAGAAGCUGAAAGGAGUAGGAGUCCUGUCUAAAUGUGGCUUUUCUGAUGGGUCAUUGACCCGUCCAGUCGGUCGCGUAGUGAUGACUUUGCUCAUUUUUUUUUUCUCCCAAGCGCAAAAAAAGUCGCCGGAUUGUUUGUUCCUCAAUCUGCUUUCGGCCCGUCAGCACGCUCGGCGUAGCGUCAGCAAUUCGGGAGUCUCCUGCUCGUGUCCUCUCACUGGGCAAAAAAAAAUGAGGCAAAUACAUUAUCGCCACUGAAAUGUUGAGAGUAAAAGUAAUAACAACGGAGGAUAUUCAACUCAUUGUUCGAAGCGGAGGGUUGACAGCGCUGGCACCCUCCCGCUUCAAGAGGAUCGGAUGUCUAAACUCAUUCAAAUGGAUGACCGAAGCACGGAAAGAGCUUUCGUCGCCCCUAUCUGAGGCCAUUUCAGUUCCCUUCAAAGUCAAUGCAAGUCAUAACUAUUGAGCUUAUUUGUCAACCGAAUAUGAUCUAAUUAAUGUCAAAGCAUCUUCCAUUGGCUGCCGUCGACGGAGAUAGACGUCCGAGCGGUCCGAAGCGGGAGGAUUGGCUGCGGAUGAACGAACGCCAGAAACAAAAUUAACAACUGAGCCCAAAUCAAUAGGAAGUGACCUAAAAUGAACAGGGAGUGACCCGUAAAUAGGCCCAAAACAACAGGAAAUGACCUGGAUGUGGCCAAAAUAUACAGGAGGUUACCCUGAAGUGUCCAAAAAUCGAUAGGAGGUCAGCUAUGAACAAUAUAAGGUGACCCAUAAAUGCCCCAAAAUGAAAAGUAAGGGAUCCAUAAUCACAAUUGACCUAAAAUGUCCCAAAAACAACAAGAGGCCCAAAAUAGACAGGAAGUGACCUGUAAAUUCCACAAAAUCAACAAAAAAAGACACCAAAAAAUGCCCCUAAAUUUAAAGAAAGUGACCCAUAAACCUAACCUAAAAAUUUGAAAUGAGGUUUUUGCUGUGUUUUUUUGAGGCAGAUUUCUUUUUUUGGACUGAUUUUUUUUUACAGCUGGAUUUUGAUGCGCUAAAAAACCCAAUCCAGUCGCAAAAAAUGAGUUGAAAAAAUACAGCUAUAAACAUUUGGACUGAUGUUUUUGCAGCAGAAUUUUUUUGGACUGAUUUUGUUGCUGCAGAAUUUUGAUGCUGGGGAAAAAAACAGCAAAAAAAAACAAUCAGCCGCCUAAAAUGAGUUGCAAAAAUACAGCCACAAAAAUUUAAAAUGACGUUUUUUUUUUACUGAUUUUUUUGUGGCAGAUUUUUUUUUGGACUGAUUUUUUAGAGCUGAAUUUUGAUGCUGAGUCCUAAAAAUCCAGUUGCAAAAAAGGAUUUGAAAAAACACAGCUACAAAAAUUUGGACUGCCGUUUUUGCUGCAAUAUUUUUUAUGCUGGUGGGAAAAAAAGAGUAAAAAAAAAUCUGUGCCAAAAAAAGGAGUAAUACAGCCACAAAAAUUUGGACUGGAGUUUGCAAAUGAAUUUUUUUAGUAGGAUUUUAUUUAUUUAUUUUUUUUACGGCUGAAUUUUGAUGCUCUAAAAAAACUGCAAAGUCCCAUGAAUACAGUCGCAAAAAAUGAGUUGAAAAAAAUACGGCUACAAAAAUUGGCAUGACGUUUUUGCAGCGGAAUUUUUUUUUUGAUUGAAUAUUUUUGUGGCAGAAUUUUGAUGCUGGAAAAAAACAGUAAAAAAAAUUGGUCGCACAAAAUGAGUUGCAAAAACACAGCCCCAAAAAAUUUGAAAUGACGUUUUUGCUGCAGUUUUUGUUUUUGACUAAAUUUUUUGAGGCAGAUUUUUUUUUUGGGACUGAUUUUUUUACAGGUGAAUUUUGAUGCUCUAAAAAUUGCAAAGUCCCAUCAAUUCAGUCGCAAAAAAAGAGUUGGAAAAAAAUACAGCUAUAAAAAUUUGGACUUAUGUUUUUGCAUCGAUUUUUUUUUGUCUGAAUUUUUUGUGGCAGAAUUUUUUUUGACUGAUUUUUUUUGCGGCAGAAUUUUGAUGCAGUUGAAAAACUGUAGAGUCAUUAAAUCCAGUCGCAAAAAAUGAGUUGAAAAAAUACAGCUACAAAAAAUUGGUAUGAUGUUUUUGCAGCAGAAUUUUUUUGGACUGAUUUUUUCGUGGGAGAAUUUUGAUGCUGGAAAAAAAACUGUAAAAAAAUCAGUCUCACAAAAUGAGUUGCAACAAUACAGCCCAAAAAAAUUGAAAUGACGUUUUUGCGGCAGAUUUUUUUUACUAAAUUUUUGGAGGCAGAUUUUAUUUUGGACUGAUUUUUUUUACAGCUGAAUUUUGAUGCUCCUAAAAAAACUGCCCUUAAAUUAAAAGAAUUCCUAUGUACUGUAUUUUGGUCACUUCCUGUUUACUUAGGGGCAUUUCAGGGUCACUUCCUGCCAUUUUAGGUCACACCCUGUUGGUUUUUUGGCAUUUCUGGGUCACUUCCUGUCAUUUUAGGUCACUUCCUAUUGAUUUAGGGGCAUUUCUGGGUAACUUCCUGUCAUCUUAGAUCACUUCCUAUUGAUUUUGGGGUUAUUUUACAGGUCCUUUCCUGCCAUUUUUGAUCACUUCGUGUUUACUUAGGGGCAUUUCAGACUCACUACCUAUUGAUUUUUCAGGUUAUUUACAGGUCACUUCCUGGCGUUUUAGGUCACUUCCUGUUGAUUUGGAGGCAUUUCUGGGUCACUUCCUGUCAUUUUAGGUCAUUACCAAUGGAUUUUCAGGUCCUUACCUGUGUAUUUUAGUCACUUCCAGUUCAUUUCUUGUUGUUUUUGAGUUAUUUCUUGAUCACUUUCUAUUGAUUUGGGGCCAUUUGUAGGUCAAUUUAUGUUGAGUUGAUCUGUGGUUUUGUUUAGUUUUAGCUUACUGACUAGCAGAGCAAAGCAUCCCCGUGCAAUGACAAAAAAAAUGCAUUUAGUUUUUAAAUAACAUUUUAUUCUUUUGUGUACAUGUAUGAAUAAAAGAAAUUGUAAAAAUACAAUCAUUAAUCAUAAAAAUGACAAUGUUACUUUUUAAAUAGUCACUUGUUUCAAAGAUUUUCAUUUUCACACACCACUUUUGCUAGCCUGUCUCGCUGUAAAAACAAUGCAAUGCAAUCCAUAGAAAUGACAUAUGCUGCUAUGAUGAUCAUGUAAACUAGGAAUGUUUUCUGAAGCCUGAUUUUUCCUUCCAGUUGUUUCAAUGUUUUUCUUUUUCUUUGGAAAGCAUGCUAACUUGAUUCCAUGUCCCUGUAUUCCUGGAAUGAUUUGGACACCGAUGCUUUCUUUGCUGUAGUAAAAAGUGCUCUGAAUGUAAAUAUCCAUCGGAAGAAAUAAAUGCAACUUGCAAUGCAACCUUAA